AUGGAUGAUAGUUUAUACGAGUUGUUCGGAGAAGGUGAAUUUGGACCCGGUGGAGAUGAUCUCUUUGCUUUUUUCGAGAGUUUUUACUUCACUCCGUUGGAAGAAACGACCGCCGCUGGCCCCCCGAAAGAUGGUGAAGAGACUACUACGACUUUGGUGACCCAGAACUCAUCGGAGCCUGAGCUUGAACCCAAAAGCAAGAAGCCGAAGCUUUCUUCUUCCGAGGAAACAAACCCAGAUGGGCAACAAAGAAUGUCUCAAAUCACGGUUGAACGCAAUCGGAGGAAGCAAAUGAACGAGCACUUAUCGGUGCUCAGAUCGUUGAUGCCUUGCUUCUAUGUGAAAAGAGGUGAUCAAGCAUCGAUAAUCGGGGGUGCUGUGGAUUACAUCAACGAGUUGCAGCAAGUUCUUCAAUCCCUCGAGGCCAAGAAACAAAGAAAAGUCAUCAACGAAGUGUUAAGCCCUAGGGUAGUUUCAAGUCCAAGACCCUACCCUCUCAGCCCUCGGAAACCACCUUUAAGUCCACGGCUUAACUUGCCGAUUAGCCCAAGAACCCCUCAGCCAGGUAGCCCUUACAAGCCACGGUUGCCGGGCAUGGCCACUUCUUCUUUCGAACCCUCCCCUUCUUCUUCUUCAACUUCCUCUUUAGACAACGUUAACGAGCUCGUUGCAAACUCAAAGUCUCACAUCGCGGAUGUUGAAGUGAAGUUUUCAGGCCCCAAUCUUAUUCUUAAGACGGUAUCUCCUCCGAUUCCCGGUCAGGCUGUAAAGAUAAUAUCAGCUGUUGAAGACCUCUCACUGGAAAUCCUCAGCGUCAACAUUAACACCACUGAUGAUACCAUUCUUAAUUCCUUCACCAUCAAGAUUGGAAUUGAAUGCCAACUGAGUGCAGAAGAACUCGCACACCAAAUCCAGCAAACAUUCAGCUAAUCAGCAGAGUCUUCCUCAUACUAUUGCUACUUUUAAUUUUCAGAAAAAUGGAGAAUGGGAAGCCAUGUCAG